UUACUCUAUUCGCCAUUCCAUAAGCAUGCCUGCGAUGAGGAAUUCUCCAACUUUCAAAUCGUUUGAGGAGAAGGUUGAAACCACUGUCACAAGCCUUAAGACCAAGGUUGGUGGGACAAGCCACACAGGCGGCAGUUUUGAAGAAGUUCUCAGCUCCACAGCCCAUGCCAGUGCUCAGAGCUCUCUUGCUGGUACCCGACUCCCUGAGAGCGAAGAAGAGCUUCAGUGUUAG